ACGAAGUAUCGACAAUGGUGGUUGUUUUAUAAGGCCUAUUACAUAUACGUAACGGUAUAUUCUAUGGUGUUUGUGCGUCCGUGUGUGUGUGCAUUCUAUUAUUCACGUGCAGUUGGCCACUUUGUACGCAAAAACCAGGAAGGGGGUUUGUCUUCGCAUUACCCCACAAGGGACGUUAUUAAGUAAUUUUCGUGAAAGGAAACGAAAACCACAAAAGUUUACGAAAGCAAAAAUGUUACUGCCGCAACAAACUCAGCCAGGAUGUUUGGAACGUUUGGUGAAUAUCCUAAAGUCUCCAAUUCGACCGAAACACAUUCGCCUUUCGGCCGUGCUAAUUUGCAUUAAUCAAUUUUUCAUUGCCAUCAUCCUGCUGUUCAUUGUCAUCCUGGCCUACAUCCAUAUCGAGGAGGCCAAUUCCAGGGCCAUUGCCGACAUGGAAGACCAGCGGGACAAUGCCUACUACAGCUUGUCCGACCUGAUUUUGAAUCGUCUCCGUUUCCAUUUGGCCAGCGACGUUACCAUGACGUCACGCGUUCUGGCUUCCAUUCUCGUUUGCUGCUCCUCGGUGUAUCUGCUGAGUGCUGUUGGACUUCUGAUUGGCAUCUACAAGAGUCGCGAGGAAUUCGUGCUGUUGUGGUUGGUGUUACAGUUCUUCUUCUUUGUGGCAGGAUGUGUUUUUACGUUUUGGGUAUCGGGCUCUGAAUUUGUCGAACACACCAUUGGAAAGGUCUGUUUCUUCUUGAUGUCGGCCGCUGUACUCUUGAGUGAUGCCUCCAUGUGGUACAUCAUUUACAAUUACUACCACAGCAUACGGCUAAUGAAUAAACUACGGGAGAUAGCGACUGUGGCCAUACCAUGUCCUCCACCCGGAUCUGUGCCGUUCCAUUUCCGUCGCGAAAAUAUGUAUUUGGGCAGCAAUGGCUACAAGCACAUUCUGUCCGAUGCCCCCGAUGGCAAUUAUUGAUUCGUGCCUGUGUGCCACGAAACCCCCCAGCUGUAAAUUACGACAUGACUAAGAUUAAUUUCAAUUAACAUUGAGGGCACAGUGUUUGUUAAUUUGAGAGGGUUGCCAACGUUGUGCAAAUCGAUGCGAUGCGAGCGUACUCAAAUUGGCAGUUCUAACGAAUGGCAACGAAUUGUAUCCGGAAAUUGAAAUAUGGUGUGAUAUUUGAAUUAAGUCAACUUAAAGAUAUUACCUUUAGUUAGUUAUAGUUGAUUGUAAGCGAGUAUAUAACAACUACAGAACACACAUACACACACACGUAUAUAUAACAACAAUGUACCCACACACAGCCAGGCAUGUUAUCCUGAUGUCUGAGUAUCCCCCCCCCCCCCACACACACACACCCAACAGAAGAACUCUGUUUGAAACCAACAAAGUCAGAAGCAAAGUCCCCUUUGCUUCCUUUGAACGCCGACGAUCCAGUAGAAUUGUAGCGAACGCACUUGAUGACACAGAGAUGUACAUCCAAAUGCGAUUGGACUACAAAACAAAAUAUCAGAAAAAUAUACAAUAUAUCUAAUUAUACCAAUUAUUCUACUACUCUUAAUAAAAUCUAAGCAAAUACA